AUGUUCCCGUUACCUAUCUUCUCACCGGCGCAAGUGGCCCGCGUGUGCGAGACCCUGGAGGAGAGCGGCGAGAUCGAGCGCCUGGGCCGCUUCCUGUGGUCCCUGCCGGCCGCGCUCCCGGGCGCGCCCGGGGACGCGCUCAGCUGCCACGAGUCGGUGAUGCGCGCCCGCGCACUCGUCGCCUUCCACGGCGGCGACUUCGAGGCACUUUACCGCAUCCUGCAGAGCCACCGCUUCACCCGGGAGUCCCACGCCAGGCUGCAGGCGCUGUGGCUGGGCGCUCACUACCGGGAGGCGGAGCGCCUGAGGGGGCGGCCACUCGGAGCCGUGGAGAAGUACCGCAUACGGAAGAAGUUCCCGCUUCCUCGCACCAUUUGGGACGGCGAGCAGAAGACGCACUGCUUUAAGGAGCGGACUCGCAACCUGCUCCGCGAGUGGUACCUGCAGGACCCAUACCCCAACCCCUCUCGCAAGCGGCACCUGGCCCAGGCAACUGGCCUCACGCCAACCCAGGUGGGCAACUGGUUCAAGAACCGGCGUCAGCGGGAUCGUGCAGCUUCUGCCAAGAACAGGCUGCAGCGUGACGCAGACCUCAUCUCCAGAGGGAAUUCCCUAGGCUGCUCGCCCCCAGAAUACCAUCCCGCCCCGCAGCCAUCUUUGCCCCGAUACCCGGGUACCCCAAAGGGCAGUGACUGCAGCGCGGGCACGGAGGCCCGCAGGGUUCGCACCGCCACCCCUGACAUCUCCGUCAGCAGCGACAGCGAAUUUGAGGCCUGAGAGGCGACAGAGUUACGGAAUGACGUGCCGGAGAGGGGAGACGUCGCAGGUCGUCCGACACCCUGCCUGCCGGCAUGACCCACUAGCUAGGGCCAUGUCGCGACCCUGGGGGGUCGGGGGGGGGUCAGACAAACCCUGACUCGCUCCCACCUGCAGGGCCCGUAUCUGUCUAAAGUGCCCGAAUCUCCAGUCACUAGUCCUGCUGCUUCUGCAAUGAGCAAAGACCUCAUACCCAGCACAAGCUGUGCCGCUCUGAUGGACAAUACGACGGAAACGCACCGGCCGGAUCUCCAAGAAGUGCGUGCACAUGUAUGCAUGCACACAGACACAUGAGCGAACACGAUUUGUUUCUGUGACAGAGAACAUCUCAGGCCAGCAAGGUUGGCAUGUCUUCUGAAUGCCAAAUCAUUUGCCCAAAUCAUGAGCAUAUUCACCUCUGGCCACAGUUAUUUUACCCGAAACCAGGAGAGGUCAGUGUUGCCCUUCUGACAAAACCAGACUAUCCAACUAUCCAUCCAAAGCAGAAUUAGCAUUUUUAAACAUAUGUGCGAUUAUAUUACAGAGAACUCAACCUGUUGGUUGAAACAAUAACCCUAACCCUAACCCUAACCCUAACCCUUGGUCUGGAUUUUACUUUCUGAACCUGACCUUUCCACCUCUGAUUAUAUCCACGAAUCAGGGUGUAUCACGUUAGCUCUGUGGUCACAUGACCUUGUGAUGUCACUCAGUGUUUGACUGUGGGUCUCUGCUUGAUCAUCCGCGUCCAGGAAAAGCCUCAGGUGAUGCUGUCCUCUGAAGUGGUGAUUUUUCGUCCAAAUGUGACUCUGCAGCAUCAUUCAGAUACACUCCUGGGGGGUGUACUAAGAAAAAAACCAAAGCAAAAAUGAUAUAACAUCUUCCAUGAAGU